GGCAAGGAAUGCAAGUGGGUCGGAGGGUGACUUUUAGCUGUGGUAGAUGAGUUUGUUAGAUAGUUUAUGUGAAAGUCUUUUCUGGUUAUAAAAGUUUGGUUCACAGCGCGCGAGCGUUGUCGACAAUCAUGGCGUGCAGCCUGUACUGUCAGGUCUGCUCUUUCAGAUUUUACCAAAUGUUUAAUUUCAAGAAACAUUUGCGUUCAGUGGAACAUAAACAGAAAAUGAAGGAAAUUUUCCCACAAGCUGCCUUUACCAAUUUUGCAGUUAUGCCUAAUGUGGUUUUUAUGGACGCAACAAUGGCUCAUAAAUUUGAUCAACCAGUUGUGGGUUUAUCUCUGAUCACAUUGUGCUUGAAUCAGAAAUCCAUGUACCUCUGCCAUGUCUGUCAACAAAACUUACCGCAAGACAACAUUUUGGGCCACAUCUAUUCUUCAGAGCAUUGCGUUAACUACUUUAGCUACACAAACCCUAAUGACUUGAGUUUCUCCUGGACCCCCAACAUGGACAUGAAAAAGAUUCUGCGGCUUAGGUUGGAACAGGAAGGGGCUAAAAGUCAGCUCCAAACCUUGCAGAUUUUGACUUUACCCGAACAGCUGCUGGAAAGGCUUGGAUCAAAAACCUACUCAGAAGUGAUGCAAACUUUAAAUGAAAAUACGACUCUUGCUCAGCUGUUUGAAAAUAUUCUGCAAAAGAGAAUCAAAAUCCAAGACUACCAGAGUGACGACAACAGGAAGCACCCACUCCUUGGACUGCAGCACAUCAUUGAAUGCGUUUGUGUCGGGCGGGGUGAGAACAGACACUACCUCUGCACGCUGUGCUGCAUCCCAGUAGCCACACACGAUAUCGUCAAUCACAUAAUCAGCUUUGACCACAUCCAUCGAUAUUUUAAAGCGUGGCAUCCCAACACGUUGUUGUCUAAAGAGUCCUACCAGGAUUACAGCUCGUUUGUCCGGAUGAUAUUUGAUUUAGCAAAGCAAAUCGAGUCAAUUCAUGUUUCAGUGAAGCAAGUGUGCCUGCAGCCCAACGAAUUCCAGUCAGUGAAUUUCAAAUGUUACUCAGCAGCUCUGAAAAAACUAGAAUCCAUGACGAAGAGCAGCCUGACAACAUGUGUUACACCAGGAGACAAGCUGGUGUACAAUACUGGCGCAGCACAUGAUAUGCCAACAUUUAAAAGCUCCAAAUGCAAACUUCGCUGCCAGGAUUGCAGUGUUGUUUUCGAAGAUAUUAAACCUUACCUGCAGCAUCUGUCAAAAGAUCACCACGGAAGGAUGCUGAUAAAAUAUUUUGGUCAAGCAGGUGUGUCUGAGAAUCGGUCAAGAGUGAGAUUGCGCUUGGUGUUGUACACCUACGCCUGCAAGAGUCUGAGAGCAAAUCAACCACUUGUUGGAACAGACCUGGUUGUUUCAUGCGUCUCUUCAGGCAUUGACGUGAAACCGAUUUUAUUGUGUUUUUGUUGUCUGGAGAGUUUUUCUGAGCCCUUCAUCAGGGAGCAUUUCGAGUCUCGAAAACAUCUCGUAAACACGCUGAUGUACCAGAAUCCGUGGCGUCUGCCGUUCGCCUGGAAAAAUGACCUCAAUGACAACGCACUGAAGUUGAUGGCGUGGCAGGAGGAGGAAGAGGAGGGAAGGCUAAAUAAAAUGUGUCUGAAGGUUCUGGAUAUUCCGUACUCAACAUUUUUCAACCUCAACCCUUCUGAUUACAAGCAAGUCAUGAAAAGCCUUCAACAUUACCACACUCUCUUAAAGCGGGAUGUUCCGCCCUGCAAAACCUUCAGCAAACUUCAACAAAAUGCAAAGUUUCCUCUGCUUGGCAAACAAUACAUGGUGUCACACGAUCUGAGUAUCAGCAAAAACAAUCUUGUGACAGGAUUUCUGUGYUUGCUCUGUGAGAGGAGGCUGUCGCAGGAAGAAUCUCAGGCACACRUCUUCAGUUGGGAGCACGUUGCCACUUAUCUGGAACGUUUUCACCCGGGCUCASUAAAUCCCAGCAUUGACGACCCAGAGACGCUACUGGACCUGGCAAAACAGGCGACUCAAACUGUUGGUUUCAGAGCGUCUAAUUACCAGGAAAUUAAACUAGCCCAUCCCAUCUGGGAGCCCUGCACCUUUAAAAAAGCAACAUGUAUCUUGAUGGGCGCAAAGCAGAGAGAAGGAAGAGGAGCACUUAUGACACCAAUAAAGCCCUUGAGGAAGCUGGUUCCCAGGAAUAUUUGCAAAAAAGAUSAACAGAGUCAAGAGAGUGACGGUUGGAAGAACGACCUAGACUCUGGCAGGCAUGAAAAUGAGCACAGAUGUGAGGAGGAGCCACAAACGGUGAAAGCAAACAUCCAGGUUAAAGAAGAAAAGCGAAGCGAUGAGGAGACGGCAGUGAAGGAAAACGUCCAGAUAAAAGAAGAAAAGCGAAGCGAUGAGGAGACGGCAGUGAAGGGAAACAUCCAGAUAAAAGAAGAAAAGCGAAGUGAGGUGGAGACCCAAACGGAACUGUUUGUCAAAAAAGAGAUGCCUGGAAGUAUUAGUGAAGAAGAGACCGUCCAGCCUUUAAGGGUGAAAACAGAAAAGGAUUGGACUGAAGUAAAAAUUGACGAAGCUACUGAAGGCUGCAAGAAGAUGGAGAAAAAUGAGAUCAAAAAGAGCCCAAGUAUUAAAUGUGUAACCACACAAAAGAGUGAUGUUCACCAGAAAAACAAGAGUGAACAACUUCCAUCUAAACGAUCCAAAAAACGAGCAUGUUCAAGUGAAGAUGUGGGGGAAAAAACGAGCCCUAAAAGACCUCGRUCUGCCUCCAAAGACGACUCCUCCCUUGAGCAACCUGUAAAAGUUCCAAGAAUUGACAUGAGACAAAWAAAUCACUUGCCGGAAGAUUUUAGCAGAAUAUCUACACAGUUCUUUACAUGUUGUUGCGUUAAUCGAGAGCCAGUCCAUCUGUGUGGGAGCUGCUGUCAGAAGAUCCCAAAGAACGACGUCUUCAGUCACCUGACYGAGUCUCAACACCAGAAGAUGGAUCARCUGGUGAGGAAAUGAURCAAAACCAUCGAAUUAAUAAAACAUUGACUUGACUCUCAUAAUGAUAAUCGACCUAUUUGGAAUUAUUUUAUGGAUUUUAUUAAAUGUUGUCUUAAUUCCAGGAGGUUCAUCUGGAUGAAAUAACCUACAAUAAAAUCUGUAACCAAAACUUUCUAUCAGUGAUCCAGAUCCUGCUGGACAGAGACCGUGUUCUGUCCUCCACCUCCCCUCAGUCUGGUUAUGAACGUGACGACAUUUCAGAGACGCCUCCGGACCGAUGCUGGGAUGACCGAAC